AUGUGUCUUUCAGCAGAAUUAUUCGAUCACUCAACUGCUUGGGCGAGCAUUUUUCCACUUUCGAACAUACUAGGCAGUGAAUUCCUGGAUGCCUACAUAGGACUCAUAGCAAAUCAGAAGCUCCAGACUGAACUAUACGUUCUUUCGUUCUUGCUCAAAGAACGAGUUUAUCCUGGCGAUCUUUGGGAAAUAAUUGGGGAGCGCAGCAUAGAGGCGAAACAAGAGGAAAUGUUGCGAAGGCAUCAGAGCGUAUGUACUAACGAGAAUAGCGGAAAACAUGCAGCCGUAGAACGAAUUCUUUUAGAAGAGAGGAGGAAACGAUGCCAGAUGGAAGUGUCUUUGUACACCCAGGCUAUCGAAGUCUUAGAGCAACACUGGUUGUCACGCCUGGGAGCUCGAUCCAAGCAUGCCAUCAGGCCUCCCUCAAGGCAGACGGUUGCUCCUACAGACUAUGCACCUCUACCUUGCACGCCAUUGGCCUGCUCAAUAGCAGCACGAGGGAGUGAUUCCACCUCGCAGGAAGGAAGAUCAACAUCUGUCAAUUUGAAUUGUAUUGGCCCCUCAUUGCCCCUGUCGAGUACAUGGGUCACCGCUGACGUCCAAGAAGCCUUUUACCAGUCAUUCAAGCAGGAACUGACUAUGCAGGCGGAGCUGAUGGUGACAUCCCUGGCUACCAGACGUAGCAAUGCCUAUCUGCGCAACCUUGGGCUAUAUUUGCUCAUCUUGCAGGCCAAGAGACGCCGUGCCCACGCCGAGAUAGCGUUAUAUACGAUGGCCAUUGAUAAUUUGCAUGGGUACAACCUCUCUAAUACCAGUUCAUCAACAUCUUCAAAUCCAAACAUUCUGCGACCUCUGUGUAAGGAAAUGCACUACUACAACGAGGACAUCGAAGACGGCACAGAGGAAAGCUGUGGAGACUAUGAAGAUUACGAAGAUUACGAAGACUGCGAAGACCUCGACAUUAAGAGUAUACGUUGGAGAAUGUGCUUGUGUUCCUUGGAGGCAGAUCCGGCAUAUGGCAUUUUUAAACGAAAAGAUGAGGUAGCAGGUGACCAUUCUAGUAGAAAGCUACCAGCUGCAGUAUAUGAUCAAGAAUUCAUUCGCGUGCUAGUUGGAUGCAUAAUUCCGGAGGAACACAUAGAUUUCCUUGCAAAGCUCCCCGAUUAUAGACACAUCGUAUGGCCUUCUGCUCUUCAGCUGAACGAUCUCGAAGGCUCCUGUCCGUACCUGUUCGCCACCUGUCAAAACCGCUACCUGGGCCAUCGACUGACUUUUGUCGGGCAAUUCAUCUUCAACGCAUUGGCCUACUGUUGUCCUUUUGCACAUUGCGUGUGCCUUGCGUUUGAACCGACCGCCACUAUUGACUUGAAUGAAGGCCUAAAGGCCAAAUACAUGAAGACUAGAAUGCUACAACAGCCGCAGUCCAUCCCAAGAUCGUUUCGACCGGUCUCAUUCUAUGGAACCACACUUCUGGGGUUCCGGUUCCCGGUGGAAGUCGUCUUGAAAAGAUCGAGGAUUCUCUAUGGGAAAAACUUCGCAGAGAUACAUGGCAAACCGAAUGUUCGAGCCGCAUCAGACUCCCGGAAUUGA